CUAGCCAGGGGUCUCUGGGCAGAGGCUUCGGCGGCCCACGCGGCAGGGCGGAGGUACUUCUGGGUCUCGUUGCUGCUUCCCCUUGGCGACUCCCAGGUCCUGGCCAUGAAAUCCCCGCACCUCCACCUCUCCGCCGCCUCGGGCACCCGGGCCCUGGCGCAGCUGCUGCUGCCGCUGCUGACUGCGCAACUCUGGGCCGCGGAGGCGUUGCUGCUCCCCGGGAACGACACGGGCUCGGACCCCGUGGCCUCCGGCGCCCCUUGCGCGCGCGGCUCGCAGCCCUGGCAGGUCUCCCUGUUCAAUGGUCUCUCAUUCCACUGCGCGGGCGUCCUGGUGGACAAGAGUUGGGUGCUCACGGCCGCGCACUGCGGGACCAACAAGCCGCUGUGGGCUCGAAUAGGGGACGACCACCUGCUGCUUCUCCAGGGUGAGCAGCUCCGCCGGACCACUCGCCCUAUUGUCCACCAUAAGUACCACCAGGGCUCGGGCCCCAUCCUGCCAAGGCGGACAGACGAGCAUGACCUCAUGCUGCUGAAGCUGGCAAGGCCUGCUGUGCUGGGGACUCGCAUCCAGACCCUCCGCCUGCCCUACCGCUGUGCCCAGCCCGGAGACAGGUGCCAGGUUGCUGGCUGGGGCACCACGGCCGCCCGAAGAGUGAAGUACAACAAGGGCCUGAGCUGCUCCAGGGUCACUAUCCUGAGUCCUAAGGAGUGUGAGGUCUUCUACCCUGGUGUGGUCACCAGCAACAUGAUAUGUGCAGGGCUGGACCAGGGCCAGGACCCCUGCCAGAGUGACUCCGGUGGCCCUCUGGUCUGCGACGAGACCCUGCAGGGCACCCUUUCGUGGGGCAUCUACCCGUGUGGCUCUGCUCAGCACCCAGCUGUCUACACUCAGAUCUGCAAAUACACCUCCUGGAUAGAGAAAACCAUACGUUCCAACUGACCCAGAGGCCUGGCGACUCUGCCCUCUUCCUCGUUCCUCCACGGUCGACUGGACUCUGCCCCCGCCCCACGCAAACCUCGGCUGUCCGUCCGCACCUGCUACCAUUCUCCCCCGCCCUGCCCACUGCUGUUCUCUGCCGGCAUUCAAGCCAAAGUGCAGAGAGUGUUGGCAAAAUUUUGCUCAAGAGAAACGAGGAAGCCGGUAGUCACUCAGUCUCCGAGAGAAGUUCUCCGUCCCCCAACCAGGCUUCCUCUACCACUCCCUGCUGUGUGACCUUGGGCAAGCCAACUACCCUCUCUGGGCCUGGGCUUCCUCACCUGGAAUAUGGGGAUAAUGGACAUCUCCUCAUAGAUGUGUUGUGAGGAGACUGUGAUAUCCUGUGUGUGCGUAGAUCGUCACGUAAUUAUCAGUAAAGCAUUAACCCAGUGGGCGGUGAGCUCUGA